AUGCAUGCAUUAUUUGAAACUGAUUGGUUCUUGGAUAGCAAGAAGUAUGGAACUCCAUGUAUACCAAAAAGUUUUAAUGAAUUUAUGUAUUUAGUGGAAAUCAAUGCGUUCUAUACGUACAACAAAUUGAGAGAUUAUAUUAAUACCUAUUAUAUAAAUGCAUAUUGUGGCGUAUGGGGAUACUUGGCUAUUAUACGUGAUGCAGUAUUCAUCUAUUUGAUGUAUCUGUAUAUGAGCCAAAUGGUUGUGCUUAUUAGAGGCCGUGGUAUGAUUGCUUCUAUUAGAAUAUUUAUACACGCUAUAAGUAAACGAGGUUUUCAAUUUUUACUCUCCAUCCCACCUAUAAAGAAAAAGAUCGAUCAAGAACUAUCAGAAACUACCAAGAAAAUUGAAGAGGAGUUGAUGCAGAAUGAUGAAAGUUUAAUGCAAUUUAAAUCAUUGCCAGAAAAGGGAUUGGAUGCUACAAUAGUGAAAAAGGAGUUGGACAGGUUGCAAGACUUGAAGCACUCUGAUUGGUACAAUGGUAGAGUAAGCGGAGCUGUGUAUCACGGAGGGAAUGAAUUAUUGGAUUUACAAUCAGAUGCGUACCACAAGUAUUCCAUUGCUAAUCAGCUACACCCUGAUGUAUUUCCAGGUAUUCGUAAAAUGGAAUCCGAAAUCGUAUCUAUGGUUUUGCGCUUAUUUAAUGCACCAGAAGAAGGAUGUGGGUCUACUACUUCAGGUGGUACCGAGUCCUUAUUAUUGGCAGGUUUAUCUGCAAGGGAGUAUGGAAAGUUCUAUAAGAAUAUUUCUAAUCCUGAAAUCAUUGCACCAAUAACUAUCCAUGCUGGCAUUGAGAAGGCCUGUUAUUAUUUUGGUAUGAAAUUACACAAGGUUGACUUGGACCCUGUCACAUUCAAGGUUGAUGUUAAUAAGGUUAAGAAAUUAAUUAACGGAAAUACUGUUUUAUUAGUAGGAUCGGCUCCAAAUUUCCCACAUGGUAUUAUUGACGAUAUUGAAGCUUUGUCUAAUUUAGCAGUUAAAUAUAAAAUUCCUUUACAUGUUGAUGCUUGUCUUGGUUCAUUUAUUGUCUCAUUUUUAGAGAAAUCGAAAGUUCAUGGUGAUAAACCAAUUCCAAAGUUUGAUUUCAGGUUACCGGGGGUUACUUCAAUUUCAUGUGACACACAUAAGUAUGGAUUUGCUCCUAAAGGUUCUUCGAUCGUAAUGUACCGUAACUCUAAAUUGCGUCAAUGCCAGUAUUACAUUCUGACUGAUUGGACAGGUGGUAUGUAUGGAUCGCCUACUCUAGCAGGAUCAAGACCUGGCGCACUCAUGGCUGGUUGCUGGGCAACUUUAGUUAACUUUGGCGAGGAUAAUUACGCCGAGUCUUGUCGUACAAUAGUCGGAGCUUCAAUGAAAUUAAAGUGUGCGAUUAAAGAACAUGAGAUGUUAAGUAAAUACCUAGAGGUUAUUGGGGACCCUAUAGGAUCAGUGGUAGCAUUUGGGGUUACUAAAAACUAUAGAAGUACGCUCAGUAUCUAUAAAAUUGGCGAGUGUUUGAGCUCUAAAGGUUGGCACUUUUCUACAUUGCAGAAUCCUGCCGCAUUACACUUUGCACUUACCAGAUUGACCGUUCCGGUUAUCGGUGAAUUAAUAUCCGAUCUAGUAGAAGUGACAAGUGCCGCUCUCAAGGAUGAAUCGAAUUCAGAGAGUGAAAUUGCCGCCUUAUAUGGUGUAGCUGGUAGUGUUAAGACUACGGGUGUGGCAGAAAGAGUCGUCGUUGCGUUCCUAGAUACCUUGUAUAAAAUAUGA